CAAUGCGUGACAGCUUUUGACAGCGAUUUAUUUCAAUUUUUCAUAUUGAAUAAUUAUAGAUUUGUUUACAGAUAUCUUAUAAAGCGCUUAAAAAGUGAAAUCUAAUUUAGAACUUAAAAAACAAGAUGCCACGAUUCCAUACUGUAGAAAUCAAUAAAACAGAAUGGAUUGUGCCCGAGCGAUAUCAGAUGCUUACACCUGUAGGGUCUGGUGCUUAUGGUCAAGUAUGUUCCGCUAUAGAUACACUUCAUAAUAUGAAAGUGGCUAUUAAAAAGUUGGCAAGACCAUUUCAGUCUGCGGUGCAUGCCAAAAGAUCAUAUCGAGAACUUCGAUUGUUGAAGCAUAUGAAUCAUGAGAAUGUUAUAGGUCUGCUGGAUGUGUUUAGUCCUGAAAAGAAUUUAGAGGAAUUUCAACAAGUAUAUCUUGUGACACAUUUAAUGGGCGCAGAUCUGAACAAUAUUGUGCGCACACAAAAACUAUCAGAUGAUCAUGUUCAGUUCCUUGUAUAUCAGAUUCUACGCGGAUUGAAAUAUAUCCACUCUGCAGGAAUUAUACAUAGGGAUUUAAAACCUUCUAAUAUAGCUGUAAAUGAAGACUGCGAGUUGAAGAUCUUAGACUUUGGUUUAGCAAGGCCAACUGAAACAGAAAUGACGGGUUAUGUAGCUACAAGAUGGUACAGGGCUCCAGAAAUAAUGCUCAAUUGGAUGCAUUACAAUCAGACAGUUGAUAUCUGGUCGGUCGGCUGCAUCAUGGCUGAACUCCUGACUGGCAGAACUUUGUUCCCUGGAUCAGACCAUAUUCAUCAGUUAAACUUAAUCAUGGAGAUACUGGGGACACCGGGACAAGAAUUUAUGACGAAAAUAUCCUCAGAAUCUGCUAGAAACUACAUCCAGUCGUUGCCGACGCUGAAGCGACGCGACUUCCGCGAUGUGUUCCGCGGCGCAAACCCGCUCGCUAUCAACUUGCUGGAGCUGAUGCUGGAACUCGACGCUGAUAAACGUAUAACAGCGGAGCAGGCGUUGGCGCACGAGUACUUGGCGCAGUACGCAGACCCUACAGACGAGCCUGUCUCCGCGCCCUACGACCAAAGCUUCGAGGAUAUGGAACUCCCCGUUGACAAGUGGAAAGAGCUAGUGUGGAAGGAGGUGGUGGAGUUCAAACCUCACCCGCAGCACAUGAACACGGUUGUCGAAGUCAAUCCUUCAUAAUUCGCUACCAUUGUUUUUUUCCCGCUAAAAUGUUUAGUAUCGUUCAAUAGAUUUUAUCAAAUAUUAAAUGUUUUUGUAGCAUCUUAUAUUGACAAAAAAAAAUGAAAAAAAUGUCAUGUAGCGAUUACUUUAACGAAUUUGCGAUGUCAAUUUAAAGAGGUUGUAACAGUAUUUUAUUUUAUCUGUCAAUUUCACCGCUGAUAUUUCGAAAAAGGUGUGCAUCUCUUUUUUUUGAAAUGGAAUGACAGAGAAAGCAAUAUGUUAUGAAAUUGUUCCGGCAGUGGAAACCAACGAGAAUUUUGCAUAUGAUUUAUAAACAAAUGAUAAGAUAAUUAAAUUGCCUUAUAUUUUAUAAUGUUCUAUAAAAUUAUGAAUAUUUUCUUAAAACUAAGAAGUUUGCAAUACUUUUUUUUUAAAAAAAACGGGCCUAUUUCUAAUUUUCUUUUGCUUUUGACUAAAAUUGUUAUAUACUUUUAUGUAAUUCCUAACAUUUAUUAAAACAGUAUCUGAAAAUGGAUAAAAUACUAUAUUGACUAUAACAUAUUGUAUAUUAUUUUUUAAAUAUCGUUAUAAUAAAUUUUCUGUCCUAUUUUUUUUUAUAAAUAUGGUUUUAUAUAAUACUUUAUGGUAUGGCUAUAAUUUGUGUUAACUUGGCUAUAAUUCAGAAGAUUUAACGUUUUUGCUAUAAACUUAGUAAUUAAUUUACGAAGCCAUCGCACAAACUUUACGCAAUAAUUUUUGGACUUCCAAGCCUUAGAGCUGGACUUGUAAAUAUUUUUGUUGUUACAAGAAAAAAUUAAAAUACAUUUUAAGAUCUAACAUUAAAAUAUUUUUCGACGAGAUGUAAAAUAAUAUAUUAGUGCCAUUCUAUUUGCAAUACAAUAAAACUUCAAAAUGCGAAAUUUAAUAGGGUUUAAAUUGCAAGUCAUGAUUAAAAAAUGGCGGCAGCAGUCCGUAACUAUAAACCCUGCAC